UUUGUGUAUUUACAUAACAUUUCAUAAUUUAGUCAGUUUGUUUUGACAUAUUGUUUCACAAUUUUAAUUAUUCACUGGACACACCUGCUUCGAGCUGGCCACAUUUUCGCUGUCUCCGUUUCAGCAAGAGCCAUGUGGGUGCCGAACCUCCCGGUGACGGUGUUGAGCGCCGUCGCCGCCACCGCCGGCGCCGUCUGCAUCUUCAAAGACCGACACAGCGGGCCUGCUUUCAACAAGGAGGUGCGAGCGGAGAACAAGACUGUGAUCGUGACUGGCGCCAACAGCGGCAUUGGAGAGGCUACUGUUUGGGACUUCGCCAGGAGGGGCGCUAAAGUGUUCAUGGCAUGUCGCGACAUGGAAAAGUGCGAGACGGCGCGACGUGAGAUCGUCCUAGAGACGGGCAACAAAUACGUGUACUGCCGGCCGUGCGACCUGGCCUCUCUCGCCUCCAUCGCACAGUUCGUCAAAACGUUCAAAGAAGAGGAGCCACACCUACACGUGCUGGUGAACAACGCAGGCGUCAUGGAGCCGCCGCAGGGCGUCACGGCGGACGGCUUCGAGACGCAGUGGGGCGUCAACCACCUGGGACACUUCUUGUUGACUAACCUACUGCUGGAUAACUUGAAGGCUUCAGCCCCCAGUCGCGUGAUAGUGCUGACCAGCGGCGCGCACCACAAGGGCCGCAUCAACAAGGAGGACCUGAACUUCACUGCCAAGUACGACGCCGCGGCCGCCUACAGCCAGAGCAAGCUCGCCAACCUGCUGUUCGCCAGGGAACUAGCCAAGAGGACACUGGAUGCAAACAUAACGGUGGCAGCCGUGGACCCCGGCCUCAGCGACACCAACCUCUCGCGCCACCUGGCGGUGUCAAAGAGCAUCACUCGUUUCGUCAUCUACCCUCUUUUCUGGCCUGUCAUGAAAAGUCCUAAAAUGGCGGCACAGGCUGUUGUGCACGCGGCUUUAGAUCCAGAUGUGGCUAAAACUGCGGGAGAAUAUUUUGUUGACAUGAAACCCACGGAGCCGUCAAAAGAAGCUCAGAACUUCGAGCUAGCAUCUUGGUUGUGGCGUGUCAGCGAAAAGUGGACGCGGCUGGCCGAAUACCGCUCGCAACUCAAGACUGCUGCCGCGUAGAAAUUGCAUCCAGGAAACAAAGGCGAAUCUAGACUUGUAGUCACAGUGGUUUCAUGUGGUAAUUUAUAUUCACACGGAAGUUGCAUUGUCAAAUGCUAGGCCUAGAUUAAGGCCCAGCACUGCUAGCACAUGAUUGCGUCGCCGCGAGAUAGAUCAUACCAUAGAUUAAAUAUAACAAGAUCAUACCAUCCCAUACAUUAAAAUGCGACCGCCUAAGACCGCGCUUACACUCCACCACACAUAGA